AUGCAAUUUACAGAUUACAUACCGGCCAAGCUGCACACGAGCAACUGCAGCUUCGGGGCGUUUCACUCCAGAGAGAGAGAGAGAGAGAGAGAGAGAGAGACAGAGAGAGAGCCAGAGCCAGAGCCUAGGCUAGGCAUCUCUCUAGGGCUUCCGUAG